AUGCAUUCGAUUCGAAUUCAUAAAGUUAUAAUGCUGAUAAUUUCUUCAUUUUAUCUAAUUGGUGUUUGGCAUCGCGGAGAUAAACCUACUGUGAAAGAGAUACGAAGGAAACGAUUUUUCUGCAUCUAUUUUCCUCUUUUCCUACUAUCAUUGGUGGUCGGAGCAAUUAAAAAUUAUAAAAAAGACGAGGCUAUAUUCCUUACGGAAGUAGCGAUGGGAGUUGCAAUAGUUUGUGUAAACUUUUGGCUUUUAAUCUGGAAGCAGAACGAGAUUCUUAGUUUGUUGAAUCAAGUUUGUGUCGUCUCGAUUCGAAAUGAUGAUGAUUUCAACAAUGUCACCGUCAAAGUUGGAAGACUCAUGAAGUUUGUAUUAGUGUUCGUGAUUGCUUCAAUCGUUACUGGUACUUUAGCGUCUGUGGUUUUGACGUUUUUUGGAAGUGAGAAAUCUUUAUUUCUCAAAAUUGCGUUUCCCUUGGAUUACAGAAACAGUGAAAUUGCUUUAUGGAUUGCAACCGUUUUCCUUGCUACCGAAUAUUUCUUCACUAUAAUCCUUAUCUCUUUCUCGGUAAUCAUUUGGUAUUUACUGUUGAUGUGUGCUUUGAGAUAUGAAGUGCUGGGAAGUGGGCUGAAGAAUUUAGGCCGAAUUAGAGAAAAUGGAAAUGAUGAAAAGAUGACUGAGAAGCAAAAGCAGAUCAACUUUUUUGAAGAUCUUAAGCGGGCAAUCAACGAUCACAUACAUUUAAGGGAAUUGGUGAACAAAUUGGACUGCUUUUUCUCAGAUCUAUUUUUCAUUCAGUUUGGAACCAGCGGUCUAUGUAUUUGCGUAUCGAUUUUUUGUCUGGCAUUUGUUGUUGGUGACAAUCUGCUGGAAUAUCUUAUACAUCUUUUUGUGGUUUUUUACUUCAUUUCCCAAUUAUUUAUGAUCACGUACUUUGGCAAUGAAAUUAUGUUAUCGAGCAAUCGCCUCUCUUACCGCUUAUUUGAAUCGGACUGGUACAACCAGCCGCAAUCAACCAAAAAGUGCAUCAUCAUAUUUGGUGAAUAUUUAAAGCAACCACAAACGGUGGUGAUUGGAAAACUGUAUCCACUUACGUUGGAGACAUUUACAAGGAUUUUGAAUUCAGCCUACAGCAUGUUCAAUAUUUUAAAAAGUUUUCACUAAAUGAAAUUAUUGAUUACGUGCUAAGAAUCACUAACACUAUGGC